AUGACAUCCCCCAUCCCAUGGACGCAGAUCAAGGCGCUUUCAUUUGACAUUUACGGCACUCUGAUUGACUGGGAAAGCGGCAUCGCGCAAUCAGCACGCGCCACCGCUCUCGCCCCAUUCCUACCUCCCAGUGACCGCGACCUGCUCCUCGCCAUUGAGCGCCACGACACGUCCGUCCAACGCGAGCAACCCACGAGUAAACAACAAGACAUCAUUGCAGAAGGCCUGCGUCGCUAUGCCGCCGAACUAGGCGUCGUCGAACAAGGCCACGUGACCUCCGAGGAAGUAGAGCGUGCCGCACGAGAAUAUUCCACGCAAAUUGGAGCGUAUCCUGCUUUUGCAGAUACCGUGCAGGCGAUCCAGCGGCUGGGAAAGAGAUAUCAACUCGUUCCCGUGUCAAAUGUGGAUCAUGCGUCGUUCCGGGAGACGUUGGCGGGGCCGUUGCAGGGAUGUCAUUUUGAUCGGAUUUAUACGGCGGAAGAUAUUGGGUCGUAUAAGCCGGAUGUGAGGAAUUUUUAUUAUUUGCUGGAUCAUGUCAAGUCGGAAUUGGGAGUGGAAAAGGAGGAGCUGUGUCAUGUGGCACAGUCGCUGUUCCAUGAUCAUGGUCCUGCGAAGCAGGUUGGACUGCAGGGCGUGUGGGUUGAUAGAAAAGGGUUUAUGGGAGGCGAUACGACAGGGGCAGAGGAGAAGUAUGGGUUUAAACUUCGUGUGGAAACUCUUCAAGAGCUCGCUGAUAUUGUAGAAGAAGCAUGGGCUCAGGGCUGA